UGUGUGGUUCGCUGCACAGGUGGCUUAGAGAGAAUACCAACUCGGGGGCUGUAACUCUUCAUAGUUUCAACGCCGUGAAGCAAGCUUCUGAUCGGGCGGUGUGGUGAAUUUGACUUUUUCUUCGUGUGAAUUUUUUAACAGUGUUUAGCCAGCACUGUGUAAAGUUUCUGCCUACAGACUUGGGGCUGUGAAUUCUCCGCCACGAUGGCAAGAACUCUAGCGCUUUUCGUUGGCUUAGUCGCCGUUCUCACAACAGGAGUUGCCGGCCAGGGUGCCGAUUUCUCGCUAGGUACCGCCACAAUUCGUGGUGAUACAUUGCCGCCGGUUGUAGUCAGCCAACCUCAAGACCCCGUUUCGGCGUCCAACGAGAUAAUUCAGCGAAACACCGGUAUCAAUGUUGCAUUUGGCCGCUCCAAGGUUCUUGAACCAGAGACCGAACUGAAGAUAAACGUCCAACCCGGCGACCGGUGUGUGGUGUAUGUACUCUCGGAUCCUCUCUCGCAGAUUCCAGGACGUCUCACCCCAAAUCGGUUCCCUUGUGAUUUCGGUUCUGGCGACGUCAAGUACGUCCACUUUGGUUCCCGUAUCCCCAUGCGGGAUCGAGUCAAGCUCCAGCUUCGGUAUGAUACAGAAACCAGCACUAUCAUCAUCCCAUUCAUGAUUGACGUUACCGUCGAAUCCAAGCAGCUCGUGAUUGUCCAGAAGAGAGUUCCCCUUCGAGUUGCCGAGUUGAUGGGUGAGAGCGACAUUCUCGACGGUGCUAAGCUCGAGUUUGCCUUCGAUCAAUCCCAAACCUGCAAGGUGACCAUCCUCAGCUCGGCCAGUGGAUGGCCAAGAUAUGGACAGGUUGAAGGUGGAGCUGGACGUCUCGGUUCCAUGAUUGACUGUGAUGAGUUCUUGGCUCUCGGCAUCACUUACCUCCACACUUCCCUCAACGAUUCCCCCAGAAUGGACCACAUCCCCAUGGUUGUCGAACUCCGAGAUGCUGACGGCAAUGUGGUACAGCAAGAGUACUUCCAGGUCGAUGUGAGAAUUGAUGAAGGUGCAGAGAACAACCCACCGAGCUUCAGCAACAGCGUAAUGAUGGUGUUGGAGUUGAACCAGUUCAUCAUGACAGCCAUUACCCCAGAUGUCAUCGCAGCUGAGGACAUUGAGACAGACGCAGAUAAGUUGGUUUUUAAUAUUACUGUCCCACUAGGCCCUGGUGAGGGGUACAUUACAAGUACAGAUGACCGAAACCUCCCCAUCUCCUCUUUCACCCAAGAAGAUGUCCGUAACCUAAAAAUAGCUUAUGUACCUCCAGCAGAAGAUUCCAAUGAGCAGAGAAUUUUCCAGUUUGAACUUGAAGUUGUGGACUCUGAACUUGCUACCUCAGAACAAAAUGCUGUCAUGAUUGUUGUUAACCCGAAAAAUACCAUGGCCCCAGUUGCAACUAGAAAUGCUGGUCUCACAAUCUUUGAAGGGCAGGUCCGUGCAAUUCUCCCCGACCAGAAUCUCCAAAUUUCUGACGAAAACAAUCUUUGGGACGUAGUUAUUGCUCCAAUUAGUGGCCCAUCUCAUGGUACAUUGAGAGUUAAUUUGCAACCAAGAAAAUUCUUCACCACUGAUGAGCUUAUGGCUGGCGUAGUCACUUACCACCACGAUGGGUCCGAGACCUACAGUGACAACAUCAUUUUCAGAAUGAACGACGGCAAAAAUGAGACAGAGUUUUUGUUCCCAAUCACCAUGGCUCCUAUUGAUGAUCAGCCUCCAAUUGUUGAUGUCAAUACUGGUAUUUUGAUCCAAGAAAAAGAACUUAAAGGUAUCAUCAAUACUAUCCUCAGCGCCACUGAUGUUGAUUCCGACGAUAGCACCAUUCGUUUUAUCCUUGAGCCACCCUACUCCAUACAAGGCAACAUGGUUAUCAGACAAGAUGUACUGCCGGCAGAUCCUCAGAACUGGCAGCUGACUGGCGGUUUCUACGAGAGAGCAGUCACCGAAUGGACUCUUGAUGAUAUCCUCAGUGGUCGUCUUCACUAUCGUCACAAUGGUGUUCACAACUCAGAUAUUGUCAUGGACAGAUUGCUUUUCCGUGUUGCAGACAGUGGCCCUAAUCUUUCACCUGUAAAUGAGUUUGUUGUCAAGAUCAUGCCUGUUGAUGAUCAGCCACCGUACCUGUAUCCUGGCACUGACCUAGAGAUGUCUGUUGAUGAGUUUGCCAUCACUAUCAUUAAGAAGCCUGAUCUUAGAUACACCGACCAAGACAGUGAAGACCGUAACUUGUACUACACCAUUACCGACCAACCAAGAGACUUGGACCCCAACAACCCACUUCCAGCUGGUCAAAUCGUUUUGGUUGAGACUCCGGACACCGCUAUUACAAACUUCUACCAAAGCCAGAUCAACCAUCUGAAGAUUGCCUACAAGCCACCAGGCAUUGAGCUCGGUAUUACCCCACGCCUUGUCCAGUUUGUCUUUUCUGUUAAAGACGAGAAUGGCAACCUUGUUUCUGGCCAGCACUUUGACAUUUUCCUCAAUCCAGUAGACAACAAGCCACCAAGCGUCACCAACACGGGUUUCUCUGUUUCAGAGGGAGAUGAGAUGGUCUUCGAUCUCAGCAUGCUUGAUGCUUACGACACAGACACAGACAGUUCUGAAUUGAUCUUCAACAUCAAGACUAUUCCAAACUACGGUAACAUCAUGAUCGACGGAGUUCCAAUGCAGCCGGGUGACACCUUUACUCUGGAUGACAUUUCUCGUGGUGGCGUUACUUACACCAAUAAUGGAGCUGAGGAGUUCGGAGACAUAAUCGAUUUGGAGUUGACCGAUGGCAUCCACACCGUACCAGUCACAAUUCAAGUUAAUGUGCGUCCAGUUGAUGAUGAAGCACCGACCCUUGACCUCCCACCAGGCACCUUGGGUUCCUUCCUUGAAGUCCCUGAGCAGUCGAGCAGCCUCAUCACUAACAACAUCCUCAGUGCAUCAGAUCCCGACACCGAAGAUCUCCGUCUUACUUUCAUCGUUGACCGUUUCCCCUUAGAUGGCAUUUUGGAAAACAACGGAAUCCCCACUGCAGCCUUCUCACAACAAGACAUUGUUAACGGCUACAUCAGAUACAGGCACACUGGUGGUGAGAUCGGACUUACCAAGCGUGAAGACUCCUUCAACUUGACCCUGUCUGACAUGUCUGAUAAAUGGGUGAAAGACAAUACCGUAAUCACACAGAUCGAAGUCUACGUCACUAUCCUUCCCGUUGACAACCUUGCUCCCAAUGUGACCGUUGGCGAUCUCUUCGAUGUUGAUGAGGGUGGCAAGUCUACAAUCAAUCUGGCACAUCUCUCUGCAACUGACAUCGAUUCUAUUGAUGAUGAUAUCGUCUGCACUGUCGUUGUUCAAACAACAAAUGGCUACCUAGAGAACAUUUCUCCUUCACCUGGCUCAGAGAAAUCUCGUGCUGGAAUUGCUAUCAGUGCUUUUUCACUCAAAGAUCUCCGUCUGAACCACAUCAACUACGUCCAGAGUAUGAACAAAGGGUCUGAGCCCCAAGAAGAUCAGUUUACCUUCGCCUGCUCUGAUGGCAUCAACACAGCACAGACUUACUUCUUCCCCAUUGAGAUCAACCCAGUCAAUGACGAGGAACCUCAGAUCUUUGUGAGGGAGAUCGUUGUUGAGGAGGGCGGCAUGAUUAAGAUUGAUCCAGUUUUCUUGAAUGGAGUUGACGAAGAUAUCCCAGAUGAUGAACUUCACUUCCACAUCAUUGUCAAGCCAGUAAAUGGAGAUCUCAUCCAAUCCCGAGCUGACAUCAUUAUCCCAGUCAAGAACUUCACCUUGGAGCAACUCCGCAGUGGUGUUGAUAUCUUCUACAAGCACGAUGGCAGCGAGACCAGCUCAGACUCCUUCACUGUUACUCUUACUGAUGGUGUCCAUGAAGUUAGCGCCGUCGUUAACGUCAUUGUCUUGCCAGCUGAUGAUGAGACUCCAAGACUCUCCGUCAAUGAUGGGCUUGAUAUUGAAAUUGGCGAUAUCAGAACCAUCACCAACCGUAUCCUGCAAGCCACCGAUCUUGAUUCACCUGACUCUAAUCUCACUUUCGUCGUCCGCUUGGAGCCCAGAAAUGGACUUCUGCAGAGACUGAACAAAAUCGAUGGCACCGUUUUGGAGAACAUCACCCUUGGCAUGAACUUCACACAGUGGGAGAUUGACAACCAGCGUAUCCGUUACACUCAUACUGGAACCGAAGGCGGCCGAGACCUCAUCAAGUUUGAUGUCACAGAUGGCACCAAUCCUCUGAUCGAUCGCUACUUCUACGUCAAUGUUGACUAUGUUGACAAUGUCCAUCCCGAUGUUGUUAAUGCUGGUGUGACACUUCAAGAAGGUGGGCGUGUCACCUUGACCACUGAUAUCCUCAGUACGAACGAUAUAAACAGUCCAGAUGAAGAUCUCGUUUUCACCAUUGCCGAGGGACCAAUCAAAGGACAUCUUGAGAGCACCGAUAAUCCAGGUGUCCCCAUCACUACCUUCACCCAACUUGAUUUGGCCGGAAACAAGAUCUACUAUGUCCACACCCAAGAUGAUGAGAUGAAAAUGGACAGCUUCCAGUUCGAGGUCGCUGACGGCUUUAACACAGUAGUCCGCACUUUCCGUAUCUCCCUCAGUGAGGUUGACAACAAGAAACCAGUUGUCACCUACACCAAGCUGAUUAUGAAGGAAGGAGCCAACAAACUCAUCACACCAUUCGAGCUCCGCAUUGAUGACACUGACACCAGAGAUCCACUGAAGCUGAAGUUCACCAUCACCCAAUUGCCCGUCCACGGCAAUCUCCUUCGUGACAACAGUGAAAUUGUAACAAUGUUCACCAUGGACGACCUGAACGAGAACCGUAUCAGCUACCAGCAUGAUGGCACCGAGUCCGACUCUGACAGCUUCUCCUUCAUCGUCACCGACGGCACACACACCGACUUUGCCGUCUCCCCCAACCUUGAAGAGUUCACACGCACACCCCAGAAGAUGCGCAUCAAGAUUCUACCGGUGGACAACGGCAUGCCGCAGAUUGUGGUCAACCGAGGGGCACCAACGCUGAACACCCUGGGCUCUGGACACCUUGGCUUCCUCCUCACCAACAAGUUCAUCCGUGCUGAGGAUAGAGACAGCGACGAUAGCGGCCUUAUCUACACGAUCUCAACCCUACCCAGGUACGGGUACAUCAUGAACCUUGGACUCGGCAACAUCAGCAUUACCAACUUUACUCAAGCUGACGUCGACAACAUGCGCAUCCAGUACGUGGUCAACCCCAACACCAACGCCACCAGCGACAUCUUCUUCGUCGAUGUUAAGGAUCCAGGAGGUAAUGUAUUGGCCAAUCAGCCGUUCCGUCUCAAUUGGUCUUGGAUCUCAUUGGACCGUGAAUACUACGAGGUGAACGAGACUGACAGGUCUGUGGAGAUCAAACUUCUUCGACGGGGAUACCUCGGAGAAACAUCAUUUGUUGGUAAAUAG